UAUGCUGGGAGGAAACGUGGCAGGGUAAAACCCACUACCAUCCGCAGGUUGCUGGAAGACCUUCCCACGUACGGCAACAAAACCCUCAUAUAAGUGAAAUGUUCUUGAGCAUUGUGUUAAACACCACAUAUAACUAAGUAAGCAACAUAGCCAACCAAAGAUUAUUACAUGUAUACAGAAUUCCAAGCUUGUUCACCUUUCUGGUUCGAUGAACUCUUGAGGUAAACCGUAUAGCCAGUUUGUCGUUGCGAGAUUCCUCGUGAAAUAACUGCACAUAAAAACAAUGCUUAAGUGUGGAGAGACGCGCCAUUCUUUCCAACAGAUUCAAUAGUUAAGAGUUUAUAGCAUGGAGCUAAAUGAUAACGAAUUCAAUUCAUAAAUGUUGUCACAACGAACACUUUGUGACGUGACCAAAUUCUUUUUUCUGUUGUUCAGUUCGUUCAAGCAGAGGCAUUCAUUGUCAUGAUUGGUGACGUUUACCCCCGAAUGCUCCGCUCGUCUCCCCGGAAGGAAAUCGUCGUGGGGGUCAUCUGCCUGGUCUGGUUUCUUCUGGGUCUCUCCAUGGUUACAGAGGGAGGAAUUUAUGUAGAACAGCUGUUUGAGUGGUACUGUGCUGGACGGAUUAUCAUGCUGAUUGUGGCACUGGAGUGUUUUGUUAUCUCCUAUGUCUACGGUAUAAAUCGAUUACAGCGUAACCUGGAGUAUAUGUUGGGCUUUCGACUUAUUCCUUACUUUAAGGUCUGCUGGACUGUGAUUACCCCUCUUUUCGCUGGGUUUCUGUUCAUCAUGGAUAUAGUGUUGUACCCAGAACAAACCUAUAACCGUAAGUUCCUGAGAUACCACUUUCCGGGCUGGGCCAUAGGCAUCGGUUGGGCCCUAGCUUCACUAGCUAUCGUCUGUAUUCCUGGAGUCAUGGUGUAUCGUGUGCUGACUGCUAAAGGGACACUACUGGAGAGGCUGAGAUCUCAAGCAAAACCCUGUUUUAACACAGUGGAGAGAAACCGUGAUAAAGGCUGUCUAGGGGAUUCACCGAGCGAAAAAGACGUGGAAAAGAAUCCUGCAGAGCUUUCUGGUCUGAUGGAGUAAUGUGAAUGCCGGGCUGAAUAAAGGGAGACCACUCGCUAUGAGACGACGAAAUACCAGAGUUGUGCGGUGUGGAAUUUAGUGUGUGGAAAGCUCGUGAGUGGAGCUUGAUGUAGAAAUAAUAUGUUCAUGUGAUAUUCAAAUCCUGGAUAUGUUUUUCAUUUGUUAUUCAGUUAAACGUGUAGUCAGCUUAUAACCAGUAUAUCUCCAGAAUUAGGUCCAGGCGCUACAUUCAUUGGAGGUCUCACAUACCAGAGUCUUAGUUCGGAAUAAAAUGCAAGUGAUUACAGAUGCUAGCUAACAAACAAGGGGAAGUUUAAUGGAAGUGAAGGCCGAUCUGAAGAAAACCUAAAAGUGGCAUUAACUAAAUUCAUUUGCUGGAAUCUUAUUUCAUUUUGACUGAUAAAAUUAAGUGCUUAGGUAAUUAUGCUGUUAUGUUUACGUGGGGAAUCAUUGUAAAAAUAUUAUUGUCUUACAUUAUUAAUUAACACUCUUGAACGUAUUGGCUCCAACCAUCGUAAUUCUACAGCUUGGUAUUUGAUGUAGUUUACAGUUGUAUCUACCGCGUAUAUUUACAUACCACUUUGGUAUGUAUGUGCAUCGUGCUGCUAAAAUCACCAAAAUACACGCUUAACCUUCUCUGCUAAAAAAAAAAAAACAUUUCACCAUGGGGGACAAAUCGUUUAAAAAUUUCAUGGAUCGUAUUGCUACCAAAUUUUAAUGGAUUCGCGCUCAACCUGUGCAGCAUACAAUCAGACAAAGACAGACAAGUAAACGUCUCCAAAAGAUAACCUCCUGUGCCGAAGGCAAUAUUAAAUCGAGAAUAACAUAAUGAUUUUGGUUGAAUAACACUUAAUUUCUUCAUCGUAUUAACAAGCACAUGAUACAUUCCGCUUACCUUGUUGUACCUUUUGAAGACAUUCGCCACAGUUAAAAUUUGACUUCCACUUUUAUUCAGUAGAAUAACAUAUCACCUCCAUUCAUGCCUCCAUCCACGGAGAGAUCCUCGUUGUGUCCGCCAGCUUGGAAGACAUCAGGACCUGUUACUCUGUCAGUUUUCAAAUGUAAAUAUUGUAGCUGUUACUUAAAUGUUUUUUUCAUAUUUUUCUUUAUUUCAUUAUGACGAUCAUUGAUUGUAAAAUUCUUUAAUUAGUACAACUAUUGCCUAUUUUUUUCGCUCCCUGCUUUAGUCGAAAUCGUGCUGACAAAACUCUUAAUACUCACACUGAUUGGGUUCAAAAUUACUGCUAUUCAGACUUUGAUUUUUUGUUUGAAAACGCAUCGUUGCAUGUCUGUUAGGGAACAAUAUGGUGCAUACUUGUCAGCUGGAAUGAGCAUGUGUCGUCACACAUACUCUUUAUUUAAAAAAUUACAUAUCAAAUAUAAAAUAUUGGUUUUCUAUGUUAAAUGCUUUAAGGUAAUUUUUUAAUUGUCACGAUUAUCAAAGCUUAUGAAGUACACAAAUUAUUUGUAUUUACGCAUCAUGGUUGUGUUUUCAUUCAGCAAUUCCCGUAGCGCUAUGAAAAACUGGCCUCCAAAUAAGGCUUAAGCCAUGGUAUUAGGGGCUGUUUUAUUUUCUUCUAUUUAAGCACUUUCAUGAGCAGUUAAAAUAAAACCCUAAUUGAAGUUAACUGACUACAGGCCGUACUUCACCGGUUACGUGUAAUCAUUUGCAAACUAUCACACUGCCGUCGCUGCUCUGGUUUUACUCUCUAUAACGUAGCAGUGUUUCACAGCUGAGAAUGUGCUUUGUUUAACUUAAUUCUAGAUGCGUUCUUCAGUUAUGUAGAAACCAGCAAGGCUCUCCAAUACGCUUUAAUUCUGCCCAUCGUCUAUUGCGGUGAAUAGAUUAUUUGCAUCCAUGCUUUAAUGCUAAAUUCUGACGUCGGCAGAAUUAUAUAAAGAGUUCCAUGGCGACCGACUAACCCAUGACAAAUUUGUACCUUGUGGGAGUCAGUAGGACCUCAUUUCAUUUCCCACUCUUAGAUACAAUACGAAUUCAGAUUUAUUAUUUUGCAUCUUAUUAUUUUGCAUUUUUGUGCACAAAUAUUUCAAUUUCCGAGUCGUUGAGCAUUAGUGGAUAGACCAAUGCCUGUCAGUAAUGAACAAGUAUGUGUCGUGUGGUGUCUUUUGCAUGGCGUUUAUUGAUGCAGCACUAUAAAUAUGUGAGUAUAUGUCGAUUUUCUGCAAGGAGACACCAUCAUAAUAUGAACCUUACAGAAGCGUGCUUUCUGUUAGACAUCACUGACACUUAAUGAUCAAGAUUCCUUUUAAUCUGUGGAUUACCAUAGUUGAAAAUGCCUCCAUAUAAAGAUUCUGUCAGCAGAUGUCGUUGUGGUUGAACAAGUUAAGCUACAGUCGUUUGGAAGAGUGGAAUUUGAAAAGGUUGUAGCCCUGGAGGCUGUACGAUUGACGUUAUAGAAAAUCCAUCCAGUCUUUCACGCUUACAUCCUGGUUGUUUAAAAACAACAGAAUACUUACACAUUCUCCAUUUCAGGGUUAGCCUAGUAAAGUGGGCACCAUAGCCCACUGAAGACACUGUUUGGACAUUCAUUUGGCAAUAUUUAGGACCACAUUAUUAUGCUCAAUAAACGAUAU